AUGAUAAAAAAAGACGAAGAAGAAGCACAAAUAACAGCAGGAAAAGCACAGAAAAUAAAAUAUGAAUGCGAUUUACACAUGGAAGCCGCUCGACCUACAUUAGAAUCUGCAUUGUCUGCUCUUAAUACUUUAACAUUUACGGAUAUAACUUUUGUGAAGUCGAUGAAAAAUCCCCCUAAAGCUGUAAAAUUAGUUAUGGAAGCAGUUUGCACUAUUAAAGGGAUAAAACCUGAUAAAAUACCAGAUCCGACUACAGGAAAAAUGACAGAAGACUAUUGGGGACCGUCAAAAAAGUUACUAAAUUUUGAUCCUGAAAAGGUUAAAAAAGCUUCUGUUGCUGCUCAAGGUUUAUGUAAAUGGAUUAUAGCAAUGUCAAAAUAUGAUAAAGUAGCCAAAGAAAUAGCCCCGAAAAAAAUUGCAUUGGUCGCAGCAGAAGCUAUGUACAACAAUGCUAUAGAAGCUCUUGAUGAAAAACGAUCACAACUAAAUGAUGUCGAAAUAAAACUAAAAGCCAUCCAAAACAAUCUUGAUGUUAAUAAACAGAAAAUGACUAUAUUUGAAAAUGAAGCCGACGCUGUUAAGACCAAACUUCAAAGAGCAGAAGAUCUCAUCGGGGGAUUAGGUGGAGAAAAACAACGUUGGGAACAGACGGCGCAUGAUUUAGGGAUUCUUUAUUUAAAUCUACCCGGUGAUUUAUUAGUGUGUUCUGGUGUAAUCGCAUACUUAGGUCCAUUUACUAUGGAUUUUAGAAAUAAUCAAAUUAAACAUUGGAUUAAAGAAAUUCAACAAAAUAAUAUAACAUGCUCUCAAGAUUUUCAGUUAAAUACAGUUCUUGGUAAGCCUGUUGAAAUAAGAGCUUGGAACAUAGCUGGAUUGCCCACUGAUGCGUUUUCUAUCGAUAAUGGAAUUAUUGUCUCAUACUCAAGAAGAUCAACAUUAAUGAUUGACCCUCAAGAUCAGGCCAAUAAAUGGAUCAAAAAUAUGGAAAUGGAUAACUCACUAUCAAUUAUACGCCCCAGUUCCCAAAAUUUCAUGAAAAUAUUAGAACAUGCUAUUUCUAAUGGUCAUCCUGUACUUUUGGAAAAUAUUUAUGAAGAACUGAAUCCUAUAUUAGAUCCUAUAUUAUUGAAACAAAUUAUUUUGACAAGUGGCUCUUAUUGCUUAAAAUUAGGAGAUUCCAUUAUCCAAUAUAAUGAUAAUUUUAGAUUUUAUAUAACGACAAAGUUGCGAAAUCCUCACUAUUUACCAGAGAUUGCUGUUAAAGUAACAUUAUUAAAUUUUGUUAUUACCCCAAAUGGACUUGAAGAUCAAAUUUUAGGUGUAGUUGUAGCUAAAGAUAGACCUGACUUGGAAGCAGAAAAAAAUCAACUUAUAGUAGAAGGCGCUAAAAAUGCAAAAACCUUAAAAGACACAGAAGACAAAAUUCUACAAGUUUUAAGUUCAUCUGAAGGAAACAUUCUUGAAGAUGAAGGUGCCAUUAAUAUAUUAAGUUCUUCAAAAGUAUUAGCUAAUGAUAUUGAAGUUAAACAAGCUGCAUCUUUAAUAACUGAGAGAAGAUUAGAUCAAAUAAGGCAACAAUAUAGAGUAGUCGCUGUACAUUCAACUAAACUUUUCUUUAUAAUAGAUACACUUGCAAAUAUUGACCCAAUGUAUCAAUAUUCUCUUUCUUGGUUUAUUAAUUUAUUUAUAGUAGCUAUUGAAAAUAGUUCUAAAUUACCAUCAAUCGAUCAAAGAACUGAUGCACUUAUAAAGUACUUUACAUAUUCGUUAUAUACCAGUGUUUGCCGCAGUCUAUUUGAAAAAGAUAAAUUAUUAUUGUCAUUAUUAAUGGCUACCAAAUUAUCCAACGAAAUCAUAAUUGAAGAAUGGUCAUUUUUUUUAACAGGAGGUAUCAGUUUGAAUAAUCCUUAUAAAAAUACUAUAAGUUGGCUACAAAACAAAAGUUGGAAUGAAUUGUGUCGGUUGGAUGAUUUAGCAUCUUUUAAAGUAUUGUUAUUUUUUGGUCGUCCUCAAAAAUUAAAAUCUCAUCACAGGAGGGCUAUACUAAGAAUAGUUGAUACUGAACCAAAAACAAGUGCAUCAAAACUUGCUGGUAUGAUUGAUAAUGACUAUAAUGUAAAAGUGGUGCCUCAAACAAUUCGUAAUGCCAUUAAAAACGCAGGAUAUAAAGGUUGUGUAGCUAGGAAAAAACCUUCUAUCAGUAAAUUAAAUAAAAAAAAACGUUUAGAUUUUGCGAAGGUACACAUAAACAAGGGAAAUGAUUUUUGGAAAUCUGUAUUAUUUAGCGAUGAAAGCAAAUUUAAUAUUUUUGGUUUAGAUGGGCGAGUUAUGGUGUGGAGAAAACCUAACAAGCAAAUGGAGUGUAAAAAUUUGUGCCCGACGGUAAAACAUGGGGGUGGUAAUGUAUUAGUUUGGGGCUGUAUGAGCGCUGCAGGUGUUGGUAAUUUGGUAUUUAUCAAUGGUAUAAUGGAUCAACAUGUUUAUAUAAACAUUUUGAGAAAUAAUUUGCAUGCAAGUGUUGAAAAACUAAAAAUUGGCAAUUCGUUCAUUUUUCAACAAGAAAACGACCCAAAACAUACCGCGAAAAAAGUUAAAGAAUGGUUGUUAUACCGUGUAUUAAAGCAACUUAACACACCUCUGCAAUCACCAGACAUGAAUCCUAUAGAACAUUUAUGGGAUGAAAUAGGUAGAUGUCUAAAAAAUUAUCAAAUUCGAAACAAAGAACAAUUGAAAACAGCAAUUCUUGAAGUAUGGAACAGUAUUGACUCAACUGUUACAUUAAAAUUAGUAGAAUCCAUGGAAAAUCGUAUGAAUGAAGUUCUUAGGGCUAAAGGAGAGCCAACUGAUUAUUAA